CAACAAUUGUAAAAUGAUUAGCAUCGUUCUUUCUACUCUCUUUUUGAUCUUAUGUGUUUAACCAACCAAGGCUUAUUCUGUCUUUGAUUUUGGAUAUAGUGAUUAAGAAAAUGCCAACCCAACCCAAUUAAUUUAUAAUGUAAUAAUUACAUUGACUUCAGAUUGCUUCUUACUCCUUAUUAGGGAUAUUACAGUAUUUGCUGGUUAGUGCUAUAUUUGAAUGGAAAAAUCCAAUGCCAAAAAAUUAAAGAAGAAUGUAAAACAUAAAGAGGGAAAUCAAAUAUGGAACAACAUAGAUAUUUUUACAAGUUGCAUACUCAAUGGUACAAUUCUAAUGUGAUUCGAAUAGAUUUUCUAUCAUUAUGUCUACCCCUAUUGCAGUUGGUAUCGUUAUUACUCGAUAAAUCAAUAUGGAUUAUUGAACUUUGGAUACGGAAUGCUCUUUUUGUAUAUUUGGACCACAAGUAUGAGUUUGAUGUGAUUCUAAUAGUAUUGGGAUAUUGGGUUCAUAGAAUUUUCCACUUUAGAAUUCUUUAUAAGUAUGUUCAUAGUGUGCACCAUUCAUUCACAGAACCUACUGCUUUUGGUUAUUGUGCAACACAUCCACUUGAAGGAAUCAGCGAGGUUAACACAGUGUUGCAUUUGGCAGAAUUGAUAAUACCCAUACAUCCUUUGAUGACUUUGUUUUUCUUUGAGUACAUCACAAUAAACGAGAUGAUGGGACACGAUGGAGGGUAUUAAACAAUAAUAAAUUAUAUAGUGAACACGACCAUUCCGAUCAUUAUAGACAUCAUCUUUAUUAUGUAGUAAAUUAUGGCGAUACAAUAAUGGAUGAAUUCUUUGGAACAGCUUACAAUUCAGUAAGAGUGUAUUAUUUAUAUAUAGAAAAACUACCCAGUGAAGGCUAAAUGUACUUAUGUAGAUAAUAUAGAGGAUAGAACAGAGGCUAUUUUUAUGAAAUAUAAAUGA